AUGGCUCUGCCGAACUGGAUGGCCUAUGCUCUCUACGGCAAUGCUGGCUUGGACUUCGCCAUCUUCCUCGCACCCACCAGUAUCGGGGUGCCGGAUAUGAUUGAUGGCAAGUUCAAGUCUUCUGAGGGCCAGAUCAAAGAGAUGAAACGCCACUUCUGCAACCUGGGCGGCUUCGCCUUCCUUCUCCACGGCGCCGUUCGCUUUUGCGCCGGGCACUUCCAAAGCAAGGAGAUGGUGGGCCUGGCCGUGUUCAGCUACGUGCUGGAAGCUGGCCAAUUCGCCCAUUACCUGAUGCAGGGCACGGCCAAGCCGCAGACGGCCGGUCUGGCGGUGUGCGUGCUCGCCUGGGCCGCCACGGCCGGCAAAAGGUUGAUCGCUUCCAGCACCACGGUCACCGCGCUCACGGGCGUCUUCCGCGGCGCGGUGUCGCAGGAGUUCCUCCGGUGCCUCGGUGCGCAGCCGUCGGUGGGCGGCGGUUUGCGGGUGGGUUCCGUCCUCGAUGUGGGCGGAGGGGUGGAUAUCAUUCGUCAAGGCCCGGGCCUUGAAGAGAACGACGAGGAUCAACGUGGUGGGAUCCUGAUGGCCACCCCCAAGCGCCACGCCGCACCCCUUUCCGUUGCGGAGGGCCGACCGACAAAGCUCGCAGCCCAGGAAGAGCAGCUCCUCAUUGGGGUCCAGUCUCUAUCGGACGUCCGGGACUUGGAGAAUUCCCUCACUUCGGUCCGUGCGAGUUGGGAGGUUGAUCUGAAUCUAAAGGCUGCGUUGGUCGCGAGCAAGCCGCCCCUGGAGCAUCCGGCCAAGAUCUCAGCAUGCUGGAUUUGGGCGAUCUUAGGGAAUCCGGGUGGGGCGAGUAGGAGGUACAGGGGCACCACCUUCGCCGUUCAGCGCUUGCGACGGGAAAUGGGUACCAUGGCCGAAUGGGGCGAGUUCGGAUGGGAGCGGUUUGCGAAGCCAACUGGACUCUGGAGCAGCUGGCACGACGGAGAGGCUGCACUCCGCUCGGGAGCUCAUGAGGAGAACAGUGAAGGACCCUGGCAAGGUGCCAAGCUGAAGCCUGAUCAAUCCUACAUCGUGCUCCGGCGCUGGAGCUCGGCGAAGUGGGCGUUGUUGAGCUACUCAGACAGACACCUCUCAAGGCUGACGAGGCCGAGCUUGGUGGAGUUCCAGGCAUAUCAUCCGCAGUACGAUCUCAUCUUCGAAGAGGAGCCUUUGUUGGACCGACGAGACUGGCACCCCGCGUGGAACAAGUUGGCCCACGCCCGUCGCGUCUUGAUCCUGGGGACCUACGAGGCCGUGGUGUGCCUGGAUGAUGACAUCUUGAUCCGAGACCCCGUGCCUGACCCUCUGGGAGAAGCCAUUGAGACCUACUUGGUGCCCAACAAGGGCGCUGAGAAGCUGAUUGUGGCUUCCCUGGAUGACCGUCUAGUCGAUGCCCGUGUGCCCUUCAACAGUGGCGUGUUGAUCUUGAAAUCCUCGCCACGGACGUUGAUGAUCCUGGAUGAAGUCUUUAAAUUAGGCCGCCGCCUAAAACUGGUGAACGGCUACACCUGGCUGCCGCGCAUCACCGGGCUUUGGGACCAGGACGCCUUCGCAGAAUAUUUGCAGCUUUGGGGCGACCAGAACUUUGCGUGCCGGCCCAGAGCCAUCUCAGAAGUGUUCCCAAUUGGCUCACAAAAAACUGGCACUAUUGCACCGCGCUUUUCCUUUUUGUCCCUUUUUUGA